CACGCAUUUGACCACUGACCAGUGUCUGGUUGUCAAGGAGACCGUGUAGUUGCAAUUUUGUUUUAUGGAGUAAAAUUUAUUUCUUGUUGACUUUCUGGUCGAUUUUUAAGAGAAAUCUCAUCGAAAUGGGCAAAAAGAAAGGAAAGGAGCCUGAACCGCCUGCUAAGGACGAGGUUAGAGUCAUAAAAAUGAUAAUCAGGCGUAUAGAUUGAUUAGAUUCUAGUGUAUAAAAUUGUGAACUAUGUUGACUAUUUUUUAUGUUUUGUUUUAAUUAUAGUUUGAUCCUCUACAAAUCGUGAGUAAAAAUCCUGGCACAGUUGUGCUGAUGCUUGAUUCGCCUGAAGAAACGGUGUUACAGUCUGCCUGCGAAGCUUUAUAUAUGUUUUCAGAAAAAUGUAAGCGCGAUUUAUAAAUUAUUAUAAGGUAUUUUAAAAGUAGUAAUCAGCUUACUAUAGAAUGACAUAUAAGCCCUUCAUGUUUUGUCGAUAUAAUUUCAAGUUGAAAACUGGAUCGUGUAAAAACUGAAUUGAUAAAUUAUGAUUCUUCUUUUUUAUGAUCUAUAUUAAAGUGUAGGUGUUUGCUGUUGUUGAUUUAAUAUGAUUGGUUCACUUAUGUCACAUGAUCAUUGUUGCUUUGCUAUGUUUUGCCCUAUGAAUCGCUGCACAUGCACCUUGGCAUUUACUACGAUUGCCUAAAAUUUGCCUGAUGUUUGUUAAAUUGCCCAACCCAAAAAAUUAUUUUCAUAUACUUUCCAAAAUCACGUUUGAACAGGGGGGCAAUUACAUUGCCUGAUUUUUAAGUACAAACUGCCCAACCAAAAAAUGACUAAGUGCAGCCCCCCUGUACCAAUGCCAGUAACUUCAUUUUCUCCACAUGCAUGGCCCUUAACUUCUGCAUCCUGACAGUAAUAUUUCAAAUCCGACUACGAGGACUGUACUAGAUUUCAAGUCCGCGAGGCGAAGCCGAGAACUGGAUCAAAAUGUGAGGACUUGAAAUUUAGUUCAGUCCGAGUUGGAGGAUUUGAAAUCUCAUGCGAAUAAAUCACUAUUUAAUAAAUUUUGAUCCAGUCCAAGGAUUGAAUUAAUUUUGAUCCAGUCCAAGGAUUGAAUUAAUUUUGAUCCAGUCCAAGGAUUGAAUUAAUUUUGAUCCAGUCCAAGGAUUGAAUUAAUUUUGGUCCAGUCCUAAGGACUGGAUCAAUAUACUUGACCAGGUAUCCAGUAUUAUCAUGUGAACAAAAUAAAGCAAUAUGGUUGGAAAUAAUUUACUCAUGAAUUAUUAAUGAGUUUGAGAUUGGCAGAUGACUUAUGUAAUUACAGUACGUAGCUCAAAUUAUUGUACUUAUAAAUAUAUAAUGGCAGUUAAGUUCACUGAACCAUACACUGCUGUAUAUCUCCCACUAUGCAUGCCAUAAUUGCUUAUUUAGAUUUACAAUUAUUAUAUACAUAUACCACAGGUGAGGAAAAUCGACAAACACUUCUGACUCUUGGAGCUUUGGAAAGGCUGCUCAAACACACCAUGUCAGAAGAUAAAAUGAUUCGAAAAAAUGCCACCAGGUGCCUUGGAACAAUGAGUCAAAAUGGUGAUUGA